GAAAGAGAGAGAGAGAGUUGAGGGGAGGAGAGAGAAGAGUAGAGUUGAGUUCACUUCAGCUCUUUUUAAGCAGUUUGUUCACCGGCUGGUUUAGAUACUAGCUACCAAGCUAGGGUUAGAGAAGAACGGCGGUGUUGAAGCUCAGGACUCCAGCUAGCUAUCCCUCCCUCCUCCUGUCUUCCUCACUCUCUGUGAAUCUGUAGCCUGCUAUCUUCAGCGGAAGCCAGUCAGUGAAUGAGAAGAACCUGCCACGUCUUUCUAACAGCGUGAAGAACCAAGAAACGGGGAACAGAGUCAAUUUUCGGAGCUCCCUCACUGAUCCUGGACCAGCUAACCUAGCUAAGUUUACAAGCCGCCAAGCGUCAAACUUGCUUGCUUGUUGUGUUUUUUCAGGUUAAACUCAGUGAGUCAGUCUAUCCCUCUCUCUGUGUUUGACUGUGUGACUUGUUGGCGGGGCGUUGGUGCUGUUAGCUAGCUAGUUAGUUAGAGAGCUAGCCGCCCUGUCCACUAGUUAACUCCACGUAAACUACGCUGCUUCCAGCUUUAAGAGGACACUGAUAACCGAGCACACUACUCUUAACUAGUUAAAACAGUAAAACAGUCCAAAAAUGGCCGGAGUGAACAGUCUGGACGCCGUGAAGAGGAAGAUCAAGGUUCUGCAGCAGCAGGCAGAUGAUGCAGAGGAGAAGGCCGAGAUUUUACAGCGGCAGGUCGAGGAGGAGAAGCGGGCGCGGGAGCAGGCUGAGGCAGAAGUGGCUUCUCUGAACAGGCGUAUCCAGCUGGUUGAGGAGGAGCUGGACAGAGCCCAGGAGAGACUGGCCACCGCUCUGCAGAAGCUGGAAGAGGCAGAAAAGGCAGCAGAUGAGAGCGAGAGAGGGAUGAAGGUGAUUGAGAACAGAGCUCUGAAGGAUGAGGAGAAGAUGGAGUUGCAGGAGAUCCAGCUGAAAGAGGCCAAGCACAUUGCUGAAGAGGCUGAUCGCAAGUAUGAAGAGGUGGCUCGUAAGCUGGUGAUUGUGGAGGGAGAGUUGGAGCGUACUGAGGAGAGGGCAGAGCUUGCUGAGGCUAAAUGUGCUGAGCUGGAGGAGGAGCUGAAAAAUGUCACCAACAAUCUAAAGAGUCUGGAGGCCCAGGCUGAGAAGUACUCCCAGAAGGAGGACAAAUAUGAGGAGGAGAUUAAGAUCCUGACUGAUAAGCUGAAGGAGGCUGAGACCCGUGCUGAGUUUGCAGAGAGGUCUGUGGCUAAACUGGAGAAGACCAUUGAUGACCUGGAAGAAAAGCUCAGAGGAGCCAAAGAGGAGAACCUGAAGAUCCAUGCCACCCUGGACCAGACCCUAAGCGAACUCAACAGCUUCUAAAUGUCCUAGAUGAGGACAUUCCCCUAUUUCCCUUCAAGACACACUCAUCUCAUCUUCUCUCACAUUUGGUCCAGUCUUAAUUCUCUCAAAGGUCUUAUUUUUUUCAUUAAGAUUAUUAUUAUUUUUGUUGUUCCCCUUCCUCUUUUCUCCAAUUUCCCAUUUCUGCUUUCUGUUGAGGCUGAGCUCAAUGAGCCAACCAGCUCUUGGAACUUGGAGCAAAGCUCUCAGAACUCCAACCCCCCCGCUCUCAAACCCAUCCAUUCUACCAGAACUUUUUCAUUAAGAUUUUUUUUUGUUUUGUUUAGUUUGCCUUGUCAUUUCAAUACCAAUCUACGGGGCAAUGCUGAAGUGUCAUCCACACAUUUUUAGAGCUUUUCUCCUAUGCCAAUUCUUCAUCAGUUGAAAGGUUUCGGCUGAUGCUUUAUGUAGAUAUUGCUUUGGUUCUGACAAAGCUCAAAUGUGAUCCUUCACAUCAGUUGAGUCCUUGACUCUUCUACUCCAACCCAAAAGCCUUUUUUGAGCAAGUUGAUCAUGAGCUUUUGAUAACAUUUAAGCUACUAAAUUAACUUUCACUCUGUGGUCAGCUUCCUUUUUUUUAUGCUUCUUUUCAUAUUUUCUUCCACUUUCUCAGUCCUUGUUCAGGCUGGCUUUUUAAGCCUAAAUCAUUGGAGAAUUUCUGCAAAGGCUUUGGGUUUUAAAAAGCCUGAAAUAGCUUUUGUGUCCAGCUGUAGGUAUUGUGACUUGGUGUGACUUAUUAUUGUUUUGUUUUUUUUCCUGCAUUUUAACAGUAACCCACUGCCUUAUUGGACCACUGUGUGAAUCGCUGCACUGUAUGGGCUUUAUAGCAGCCAUCCUUUUGAGCAGAAUGAGCCAAGUCCUGCAAUUUAUUAAGUGUUUGUUAAGAAUGAUGAACGGUAUUUAUCUCCUUUUUAAUAAAGCAAUAGUUUAGUAAUAAGAGGUGAGAAAGGGAUUGUUUUUACAGCCAAAUGAGCGCGACAUCACUGCCAAUCCUAGAUGUUCAAGGGCCUGUAAAUGGUGCGCACACAGCACUUGGGAGACAAACUUUUUAAACACUUAAAAGUUAAUAAAUAAAUGAUUUAAGGGUGAAUGCGUAUUUUUUAACUGGAAAAGCCCAAAAUACAAAUAUAAUCACUGUUACUGUCUUGUUUGUGAAUUGAUCUUUUUUUUUUUUUAAUAAAGACCAUGAUUUUUACUGUCA